AUGAAGUUCGGCCGCAAUUUGCCCCAGUUCACAGUCCCCGAGUGGAGCGCCCACUACAUCAAGUACAAGCCGUUGAAGCAGCUCAUCAAAUCGGCCGCGGAGCAAGUCAAGGCGGGCCAAGAUGCGGAUCUUGCCGGAUUUUUCUACUCCCUCGACCGAAAUGUCGAAGAUGUCGAUUACUUCUACAACAAGAAAUAUGCCGAGUUCUCGCGCCGCUUGAAGCUGUUGGAGGACCGGUACGGAUACUCAAUGGAGGGCCAUCACGCGCUGGAGGCGGAGGAGAGCCAUGAUCUGCGUGAGGCCCUACUGGACCUGCGCUAUCACUUGCGCCGCUUACAGUGGUAUGGUGAGGUCAACCGCCGAGGCUUCGUAAAGAUCACCAAGAAGCUGGACAAAAAGGUCGGCGCUCAGGCGCAGAAGCGUUACCUCGAGACCAAGGUCGACCCCACUCCCUUUGCCUCGAAUGCGCGUGCGAUCAAGGCCCAGGAGCGCAUCAAUGCCUGGAUGGCGGUGAUCACUGACCAAGCCAAGACUGAAGAGAAAAUAGCUGAUGACGCGAGCUCGACUCACUCUUCUCUGUCACUGAAGCGUGGUUCCGCGCGUCCUUUCUUGAACUUGCCUGCCGUUGUGCUGACAUCAGUGGAUGACUCCUUGCGAAAGGACGAUACCCAUGUUCUUCUGGAACUGCUUGAGACCUUGAAGAAUGCAGCCGAUGACGCCGGCGAGGGAGUCUUCGCCAAAGUCCUCAAGACCCUCAUCCAGCGUGGUAUUCUGCAUCGUGCCAAGGCUUGCCUGACGGCCCUCCUGGCUCGUGUGGACUCCCUCGACGAGGACGACGAUAUCAACCGUCGCAAUUGUCUGCACCGCCUUGUCAUUUCGGUCGGCCGUGAACAGUCGACCAGUGAUUCAGAACCGGCUGCUUCUAUGGUACUGGACUUCCCGCCAGAGACCUCCCGUUACAUCACUCCCGCUGCGCCACCGACCCUGCAGCCACCUCGCUCCGUGGUUAAAGAAGCGCAUAUGCCCCAGCAGCUUGGACGGGAUGACCCCGCAGUGGCGAUCCUGCAGCAUCUGCUAGACCACCUGCGUCCCGACCAACGGGAGUCACUGAUGACCAAGGACCUUUCAGGCCGGACUCCGCUGCACUAUGCGGCCCAGUAUGGUUUCAAGGUGGUUUGCGAAAUCAUUAUCGAGCACCUCAAAGAAUGGGAAAUGUUCGAUGUGAGCGAUGGUAUCGACGGCCCUUUGUGGCAGGACGAGGAUGGCUGGGCGCCUCUGCACCUGAGUGUGAUCGGCGGUCACCCGAAGACCACUCGGUGCCUCCUGGAUGCUGAAAACUGGAGAGAGACACAUGGACAUUCCGACCAGGUGAGGAGACAGGUCUCCAAGUCCAGUGCCGUUCUCGCUCUAGCUACCAAGGCCAACUUUGUGGACAUUGUUCAACUGCUGGUGGAUGCUGGUAUUGAUAUCAACUACCAGGAUGAACAGGGUGAAACUGCUCUGCAUGUCGCGGCCCGCUUUGGCCACGACGUAUGUGCGCGGAUCAUCCUGGAAGGCUCGGAAUAUCAAAAGGCCAACACGGAACUGGCAGAAAAAACCUAUGCUUGGACGCCGCUAUUCAUUGCGUGCGUGGAUGGUACCCUCGGUGUCGCGAAGCUGCUUGUUGAAGCAGGCGCAGAUCUGGAGCGCUUCGACUCUUCUGGCUGGACGGCAAAGGAACACGCAGCGCUGCGAGGCCAUCUUGAAAUUGCGCGGUGCCUGGCUGAGGUUAGUCCUGGGCCCCCUGCUGCCGAACCCGAGCCCUCGCCCUCAAUUCCUAGCCACAGCCCUUCUCCAUCAGGAUCUCCUCCAGCACAGUCAUCCUUGACUGACCGACGCUCCAAUGCCCCUGCUCCUACCUCUGCCGGGAAUUCUGGCCUCCGUAAUGCUGAGCCUAUUAAAACAUUUGGACACCGGUAUCUCACCGACGAGACCAUGAUUCUGGUGAGCCUGGGCACCAUGGACAUGCGGAAGCCCCUGGAAACUGUCAACCUCGACCGAAUCCCCAUGGAGAACGCGCAUGCUACACAGCUGGAUACCUCACUGUCACUCGUGGUGACUGCGAGUGGUGCCCAUGGCGAGCCAGAGGUGAUUGAUCUGCCUGUGCAGGACAAUAUCUCGACGGAGCCAAUUGUGUUCCACUCGACCAAUGCCAGCAAAGUCCGUCUUCUCUUUGACCUAGUCCCCACGUACUCAGGAUCCAAGGACCAAGUCGUUGGCCGUGGUGUUGCACUGCUUUCCAGCAUUAAGCCUACCGUUGGAUCACAGCGUAUCAAUCUGAAGGGAGACUCCACCGUGCCUAUUGUUGCGGCAAACACCCUGGAUGUCAUUGGAUCGGUCACCUUCAACUUCUUGAUCAUCACACCUUUCAAGCAUCCAAACAUGUCCAUCACGGGCAACCAGACCUACUGGCGGUCCAUGAGCUCGACCAUGGUUAUUGGACACCGUGGCCUGGGUAAGAACAUGGCCAGCCGCAAUUCUCUCCAGCUUGGUGAAAACACCAUUCAGUCGUUCAUUGCUGCCGCCAAUUUGGGCGCAUCCUAUGUCGAGUUUGACGUACAGCUGACCAAGGACCAUGUGCCUGUUAUUUACCAUGAUUUCCUGGUCAGCGAAACAGGCAUUGAUGCCCCGGUGCACACCUUGACACUGGAUCAGUUCUUGGAGCUUGGAAAGGGCCGACACCGCAAUGCGCUCCCUGAUAGCGUCGAUGUCAACGGAGACUCGAAUAUUCCUCCCCGCCAACGUUCCAUGUCUGUCGGUGGCUCACUGUACGACCCGGCCGAACUGACUGAGAAGAUCAAGCAUACUCGGGAUUUCAAGAAGAAGGGCUUCAAGGGUAACACCCGCGGCGAGCACAUUCAGGCACCUUUCGCCACUUUGGAGGAACUUUUCAAGAAAAUUCCCAACCCUGUGGGUUUUAACAUUGAACUGAAAUACCCCAUGCUCCACGAGAGUGAGGAGGAAGAGAUGGACACCUACGCUGUCGAACUGAACUCCUUUGUGGACACGAUUCUCGCCAAGGUCUACGACAUGGGCCAGGGCCGCGACAUACUGUUUUCCAGCUUCAACCCCGACAUUUGUCUUUUGCUUUCCUUCAAGCAGCCCUCGAUCCCCGUUCUGUUCCUGACUGAUGCCGGCGCGUCGCCCGUCGGCGAUAUCCGCGCCAGCAGUCUCCAGGAAGCCAUCCGAUUCGCGUCCCGCUGGAACCUUCUCGGCAUCGUCAGCCAGGCCGAGCCACUCGUCCUGUGCCCACGUCUGGUGCGCAUCGUCAAGGAAUCCGGUCUCGUUUGCGUUUCAUACGGCACGCUGAACAACGAUGGCGUGAAUGUGGACUACCAAGUCGCCGAAGGCAUUGACGCCGUCAUCGUCGACUCCGUCCUCGGAAUCACCAACGGUCUCAUUCAGCGCCAAAACAAAUCCGAACGCACCCCGGGCCCUUCGCCUAACCCUAUGCCGGUGGGUGACAAGGGAGCUAUCAGGGUACCGGUCCUUGAGCCGACCAAGAAGCACGCUGCUACUGACCAUUUGAAUCCUUCUACUUUUCUCUAA